AUGACAAGUGCUUCAAACUCUCCAGAAUCUUACUUAUCUUCCAAAACAAGAAGUUCUAAAUUAGAUGACAACUACUUGAAGGAGUUAAAUGAGGACUUAAAACUGAGGAAGCAGGAACUGCUGGAGAUACUAAAACCUCUAGAAGACAAGAACAACCUGUUGUUCCAGAAGUUGAUGUCUAACUUGGAGGAAAAACAAAGAAGUCUACAGAUCAUGAGGCAGAUCAUGGCAGGGAAGGGGAAUGAUGACUCCUCAGUCAUUGAGCUCGUUAAGGAAGCAGAAGAGAUGAAGCAGAAUCUGGAGAGGAAAAACAAGAUGCUUCGGAAGGAAAUGGAGAUGCUGUGGAACAAGACAUUCAACAUGGAAGAAUUCAGUGAUGAAGAAAAAGUACUGCAAAUAAAGAACAAAACAGACUUACAGGAUGGAAAGGCUCCCAAAACCCCCUCAUCGUCUAGGAAGACCAAGAAUGAACUGGAGAUAUUGUGUGCAGAGAAAGUGAAGGAAAUAAGGAAGGAAAAGAAACAGAGGAAAAUGGAAUGGGUCAGGUAUCAGGAACAAGCCAACAUCAUUCAGAAUGACUUUAAUGGCAAAGUGAUUGAGCUGAGAAUCGAAGCCUUGAAGAACUACCAGAAGGCCAAUGAUCUGAAGUUAUCACUGUACAUACAGCAGAAUUUUGAGCCAAAGCAAGCAGUUUUGAAUCUUCCCAGACCCCAAGGUACCAUGGACACUACAACGAUGAACGGAGCAACUACCUGCAAAAAUGAAUCUAAUGAGAGAAUUCUGGGAUCAAAGACCUACACAGAACAACAAAGAGCUAAAGGAAGUCAGUUUGAUGAUGCAAGAGGGAGGCUCUUUUUUCUGAGGUCAAGGCCAGAUGAAGUGCUGAAGGAUUAG